AUCAGUCUCGACGUUGUUACGGAGAUCGAACUGUUGGCCCAGCAUACCUGCCAUUCCGUGUGCUCGCUUGAGUCUGCAGCUGCAGUUUUUGCAGUGAUGAUGAUGGACACGUGGCUCUCACUUCAGUGGCGUCGUGAUCCCUUCGAAGCCGCGCUUUCAGCUGGGGCCCUUCUCCUGACUGCCGUGGGUGUCGUCCUUUCACUUGUAAUGUGCUUUUCUGAAAUGGGGCUCGUGCCGAAGCAGGUCGAACGGCUCACUGAAGCUGUUUGGUGGGGGGGUGCUGCCAUCCUGGCUGCGAUGCUGGGCUAUAACCACUGGUGCCGGCCUCCACAGAAUCCCGAUGGCACUGACAACUCCAACUCAAUCCCGCAAGCCGUAGCCGCCGCCGUCGCCAAGGCCAGGGCCCAUUCGACGAGGGCUGCUCCCAAUCUCGCAGACGAGGAAGAGUUGAAUUUGCCAUUGCGGAACAGCUAA